AUGGACAGGGACAGCGAGCCCGCUCCCUUGUGGGUGGUCAUCGCGCUGUGGGACGUCGUGCUCCUGCUAUGUAGACGAGUACGGUUGACGCAUCACAUUGAACCCAACAAUGACGGCAAUACCGGAAGCACCGUGAACAGCGAAGCAGAUGACACGCCCACGGCGGAAGAAGUUGCGCAGCUGAGACGCAGCGUGGCCGUGCUGUGCGCCGACCUGGCGAAGACCCGGGAGGAGCUCCGGGAUGAACGGGAGAAGAGCGCGUGCGCUGAGGAGAGGUGCAUGUCGCUGGAGCAGUCCGUGUACACGUUCAAGGAGCAGCUCCAGGCGUGCGCCCAGAGGAUGAACCAACAGGACACGGAGUACCAGUGGCUGAUGGAUCAUUCGAUGGCGUACAUCGACGAUCUCGAGGCCCGACUCCGGGAUCAAAGUGCGUUCAUCGGCGCUUGA